GUGCCAUGAGUCUCACAUCGCCCUCUGCUCGACAUCCUAAAGGCCGCACGUUCUCCGUUGUCGAACGAAACCAUGGACAAGGAGAUAGCAUCACCUGAAGACGGUCAAGGUUUGCCCGGGUACAAUGCGGGGACACUCACGACAGAGCUUGUCGUGCACCAGGAUGUCCUGGAGGACAGCAAGGGCAGUGCUUGUCUCUGGCUCAAUGUCAAGAGCCGAGCGAAGGAUCCCAAGCAUGUUCCAUCCUUCGUCGGCACCGAUACCAUCACAGGGACCGUGGAGGUCGAUUUCGACAAGAUGAGCAGUGUAAAGAGCGUAUCUGUUGCCUUAAUGGCCGGCAUCACUGCUGUCGGCCAAGAGGAAACUAGCUUCCUUCAUAUCCCGCAGACCCUGUGGGAUGGCAAGAUUUCAUCAUCUGCGAAGUUAUCGGGCAAGCAGUCGUGGCCGUUCUCGAUCUCUAUUCCCGCCGAGGCGUCUAUGGUAGGAAAAGACAAACGGGCAUACCCUCUCCCACCUAGUUUCUCCGAGCGGGCGAGCCCAGUAUACAUCGAGUACAAGCUAGUCCUCACUCUACGCCGCGGUGUUCUCAGAGCCGAUCGGACCCUCGCUACGAGCAUCCUGUAUUUACCACUAUGGCGCGCUGAUCCACACUCGCAAAUGCGUCAGCCAACGUACAGCGAAUUAGCGAGUCUUCCUGGUCCCGAUGAUGAUCUGGAAGGGUGGAAGGUACUCAAUACUGUCCUGCUUACCGGGACCCUCUUCGACACACGGCAGGUCGAGUUGCAAUGUACACUAGCUAUAGCCAGGCCUGUUUGCUACGCGCGGGGCUCGCCGAUCCCGCUGUUCCUGACCAUAACAAGCGAUGAUGACCAUGCAACGGACCUCCUCGCAACCCCUGCCGCGGUGAAAUUGCGCCUCAUCUGCACCCGCGUGCUCGGUCCCUACGCAACGGAAGAAAACUCCACACCUCCGAGCGACCGCGUGUUCCAGGAGACAGUAGGGACGGCAUUUUUCUGGCCCGCCCCGGAUGGUGUGUCUGGGACUGGAAAGCGCACGUUGCACGGUGAAUUAAGUGUCAAGAUGAGCCUGAAACCGAGUUCUGUGUUUCCUGGGUUCGCGUUGCGGUACCAUCUCGUCCUGUUGCCACUUCAAGCUGCUGGUUUCGUAUCCAAAACGCCGACCGGCGAAAGACUCCUGACUGAGGAGGUCAAGAUAGCUCCAUUCAAUGCUGUGGGCGUCGUCCCACGUUCUUUCGCUCCUCCGGGCUACGUCCAUGUUGAAGAGGGUGACUACAACAACUCAGUCGGAUAUCUGGAGAACGGAAAUCAAAGGUGAGACCGCGUACCGUGAUGUGAUUGAUUGUGGACGUUAGAACGGAUCAUAUCGCUUCCUUUGCAGGUUCCUCCAUCACGGAGGCAUGGGAGGAAUCUCUUAACGUGAAAUAUAUGCAAGAUUCUUCAAUACUUACACCUAUAUACGUCGAUCUUCUUUGGUGC